AUGGAGGUUUUCCGCAAGAAGUUCCAGGCGGCCAAGCGCGCGGCGAAGCCGUGGCACGGCUUCGUGCUGCUCGCGGUCGCCGUGGCUGUUGUUGUGUUGGUGGUGCCGGUGGUUCUUACGCAGGAGCGGAAACGGCAUCGCGCUGAGGAUCAGGAGAAGCCCUCGGAUACCGCCAGCGCGCGCGUGAACCUGGGCUAUGCGCAAUACCAGGGCUCCCGCGUCGGCGGCGGCGUGGCGCAGUACCUGGGCAUGCGGUAUGCGGAGGCGCCCGUGGGCGAUCUGCGGUUCCGCGCUCCUGUUGAGCCGGCGCAGCACUCCGGGGACCAGAAGGCGGAUGCGUUUGGCCCGAUAUGUCUCGGCAUCUCGCAGCCGUACCCCAACGCGAGGCAGGACGAAGACUGUCUGUAUGUCAAUGUGUGGGCGCCGCUUAAUGCGACGACGGAGUCGAAUUUGCCCGUUUGGCUCUUUAUUCAGGGCGGAGGCUACACCGCCAACAGCAAUGCCAACUGGAACGGCACGGCCGUGGUCGAGCGCUCCAACCACAGCAUCGUCUUCGUGAACUUCAACUACCGCGUCGGGCUGUGGGGUUUCAUAGCCAGCGAGCGCGUGCGCGCCGCCGGCGCCGGCGACCUCAACGCGGGGCUGCUGGACCAGCGACAGGUGAUGCGCUGGGUGCGUGAGCACAUCGCGCAGUUCGGCGGCGACCCGGCCCACGUCGUCAUCCACGGCGCGUCCGCCGGCGCCGGCUCCGUCGCGCUGCACCUGCUGGCGCCCGACGAGGGGCUCUUCGUUGGCGCCGUGGGUGAAUCUGUGUUCUUCCCGGCACAGCCGUUUGUGAAGGACUUGGAGUGGCAGUUUGACCUGCUGCUGAACGAGACGGGGUGUGGUGGUGAUGAGCCGAUGGACUGUCUGCGCGGCAAGACGACUGAGGUGCUGCAGGCGGCCAAUGUGCCGUCUGCUUUCCCGGGGAGGCCGGAUUUGCCUGCGCCGCUGUUCUACUGGACGCCGUGUAUCGACGGCGAGCUCCUGCGCGACCUGCCGUAUCUGAUGUAUGAGAGGGGUCAGUUCGUGAACGUGCCUGUCAUGAUGGGUAUCACAAGUGAUGAAGGCACAAUAUUCACCGCCAACGUCGCCACAUCCACAGAAAUGGCCGUCUUCCUGCGCAACAACUACCCGCUCCUCAGCAGCACCAACGCCUCCGCCAUCGUGGAGCAAUACCCCCAGAUGGCCGCCCUGCCCGAGCACGCCGCCUGGUUCCCCUCGGCCGCCAAGGCCUACGGCGAGGCCACGUUCAUCUGUCCGGCCACACACAUCCUGGACUCCUACGUCCAGCACCGCCUGAACACGUCGUCGUCGUCCUCGCCGGCCCGCGCCUGGGGCUACCGCUACAACGUCCACGACGCCGAAAACACGGCGAAGGGGCUCGGCGUGCCGCACCUGUGGACGUCGUGGGCCGUCCUCGGGCCCGACAUCAACGGGCGGGGGACCGGACCGGCCAGCUACUACACGUACAACGCGGGCAUGAUACCGCUGGUGAUGGACUAUUGGAUCUCGUUUGUCAAAACGCUGGACCCGUCGGCGCUGCGGAAUGCGGAUGCGCCCGCGUGGGAGGGCUGGGGUGGCACUACUACUACCGAUGCCAAACAGAGACUGAUGAUGGAGACGGGCAAUUUGACGAUGGAGAUGGUGCCGCUGGAUCAGCGGGCGAGGUGCGCGUUUUGGAAAGGGCUGGCGCCUGUUAUGCGGCAGAAGUGA